AUGCGCUUCACAACUUCCACACUGUCGCUUCUUUUGCAGGGCGCCAUUGCUCUCAAUGUCGGCCCAGAAUAUAACCACCCGAUAGAAGAUCUCGACGUCGAUCUUCCAUUCUCUCAGCCCGUCACAUUCGCCCACUUGGAAUGGCAAAGAUGUCUCGCAGCAUCUCACAAUAAGCCUCUCGACAUCGCCAUUCUCGGCUUCCCCUACGACACCUCCACUUCAUACCGUCCCGGCGCACGAUUCGGCCCUCGAGGUAUCCGCGCAGGAUCUGCGCGCGAAAAGAAAGGUCGCAGCUAUAACACCGUGUGGGGAGUUGACCCUUAUGACGAGGGUCUUGAAAUUAUUGAUUGUGGAGAUAUCCCCAUCACCCCAUUCGAUGCCGCGCACGCUUUCAAGCAGAUGGAACAGGGUUACAGACAGAUUCUCUACCACCCUACCUCCGAGGGUAACUCAUGGGAACACCCCCGCAUUGUCAGUCUGGGCGGAGAUCACUCGAUUGUCUUGCCUAUUCUGCGCUCAUUGAAGCACGUCUACGGACCGAUCUCCGUUAUCCACUUGGAUUCUCACCUCGACACUUGGGAUCCUUAUGAGGGUUACACUGGAAUUGCUUCCAACCAGUCCGCUAUCACACACGGAACUUUCUUCUGGCAUGCAAGCCGGGAGGGAUGUAUCGCCAAGGGAACGAGUGUGCACGGUGGCUUGAGAACUAAGCUUUUCAGUCCCAAGGAUUACGAGAUCGACCAGAACGUUGGAUUCACCAUUAUCGAGGCCCACGAGAUUGACGAUAUUGGCAUGUCUGGAAUCAUUGAGAAGGUCCGCAGCGUUGUCGGAGAUACUCCGACUUACCUUUCUAUUGAUAUUGAUGUCCUCGAUCCUAGCAUCGCUCCUGCGACCGGAACUCCCGAGUCGGGCGGCUGGACCACUCGUGAGCUGAAGCGCUUCAUCAAGGGCCUUGAAGGUGUGAAUCUUGUCGGUGCCGAUGUUGUGGAAGUCAGUCCUCCUUACGACACUGUUGCUGAGACUACUUCGGUUGCCGCUGCUGAUCUGAUCGUUGAUAUUCUCGCUUCCAUGGCGAAGUUGAAGACCGGUCCCAAGUCCAAGGCCCCGGCUUCCAAGGAUGAGUUGUAA